AUGCUUUUCCUGAAAAAAAUUUCACAAGGGAAGAGGAAAAAAACCCAGAAUUUGUUCUUUUAUUCUCUGCAUAGAUUUUUCACAAAUAGAAUAAAUACACAGACUUCCAUUAAUGUGGGUAAUAAUCUUUUACUUGACAAAGAAAAAGGGUACUUUAAUUUUCUUAGAACUGCCCAUAAAACUUCAGAUUUGUCUAAUGGAAAAGCAAUACAUACCCAGCUUAUCAAAAAAGGAUGUUUGCAUUCUUCCAUUGUUCUUCGGAAUUUUCUUCUUAAUAUGUAUAUAAAAUUUGGGGAUCUGGAUAGUGCAGUCCAAUUGUUCGAUGAAAUGCCUCAUAGAAAUGUUGUAUCUUGGUCUACCCUUAUUGCUGGCUUUGUGCGCCAUGGUUUUGCUCAGCAAGGUCUUCAAUAUUUUUCUAGUAUGUUUAGUGAUGUUGUGAGGCCUAAUGAAUAUACUUUAGUUACUGCACUUAAUGCUUGUUUCUUUACUGGAUUUGCUCCUCAUGCUUAUCAGAUUUAUGCAAUGGUCAUUCGACUAGGAUUUGAUUGGAAUGUUUUUGUUAAGAAUGCAUUUUUAACUGCUUUGAUAAAGAAUGGACAUUUAAUGGAUGCUAUUAAAUCUUUUGAUGGGUGUUUGAAUAAAGAUAUAGUGAGUUGGAAUGCUAUGAUUUCUGGAUAUUUGCAGUUUUUACCCUCAAUUGUUCCAAGCUUUUGGUUAAAGAUGAUUCGUGAAGGCGUAAAACCUGAUGGCUUUACGUUUUCUGCUGUUCUGAGUGGCUUGACAGCUCUUGGCGAUGACAAAUUUGGAAUGCAGAUGCAUGGUCAGCUUGUUAAGUUUGGUCAUGGAGCUGAAACUUGUGUUGGAAACUCUGUAAUGGAUAUGUAUUUGAAGCUCAGUGAUUUGGUGAACGGGCUUAAAUCAUUCGACGAGAUUAAAUGCAAAAACAUUUUAUCUUGGACAGCUAUGGCAACUGGGUGCUUGAAUUUACGAGCUCCAAGUAAAGCGUUGGAGAUCCUCGGAGAAAUGAAGAUGGCAGGUAUAAGACCAAACAAAUUUAGUCUCACCACCGCCUUAAAAGCAUGUGCCGAUAUGGCUUCCUUAGAGGAAGGUCAGAAAGCUCAUGGCUUGAGAAUAAAGCUUGGAACCAAGAUGGAUGUAUGUGUCGAUAAUGCUCUACUGGAUAUGUAUGUCAAAUGUGGAUGUGUUGGUAACGCAAUGUCGGUGUUUAAGAGAAUGAAGGAUUGUACAACCGUCACAUGGACUACUAUGGUAAUGGGAUUUGCCCAAAAUGGGCGUGUUCAUGAAGCUGUCAAGAUUUUCAAUGAAAUGGUAACAGAGGGUGUUAAGCCAAACUACAUUAGUUUUGUGUGUGUUCUUUAUGCUUGUAGCCAAGGCGGGCUUGUAUCGGAAGGAUGGAAGUAUUUUUCUUUAAUGACUCGUGAAUAUGAUAUUUUUCCGGGGGAGGAUCAUUAUAUAUGUAUGGUUGAUUUACUUGGACGAACCGGAUAUAUAAAAGAAGCGGAGGCGCUUAUCUCAAAGAUGCCUAUGAAACCAGGACCGUUAGUGUGGCAAACCUUACUUGGUGCUUGUCACAUUCAUGGGGAUUUUGAAGCGGGGAAGCGUGCAGCAGAGUGUGUCGUGAAUCUUAAGCAGAGUGAUCCGUCAACAUAUAUCUUGCUAUCGAACAUGUUGGCGAAUUUGAAUCAUUGGAAAGGGGCGAAAAUAAUGAGGGACAUGAUGAAAAGUAGAAGUUUAAGCAAACUUCAAGGAGCUAGUUCAUUAACAUCUUUGAAUAUACUUGGCUCUUAUUAG